UAUACAUAUACAUAUUCCAAUUCCAUUCAGUUACAGAUACGGACAAUCUCAUGCACUCCUCUCCUUUCUCUGCAUCUUCACAAACCAAAACCACUUCAAAUUUCCUUUCUCCCCUAAUUCCAAAACGCAAAUCAUAUCAUCCUAAUUAAUAAAUACAUCGCUCAAUCACACAAUUCAUGUGAUCUUUGCAUGUAUAUUUAUAUGAAUAAAUGAAGGAGAAGGAGAAGAAUAAUGACGACGAUGCAAAGCGAUCAUAACCCUUUAUUCAACGCCGCAAAAUCGAGCUUCAGCCGCCCAUCUUGGGCUUUCACACUGCUCCUCUUCGCGGCGGCGGCCACCCUCACCCUCCACGUCACCACCCGCGCCAUCUCCCCCCUGCCCGAUAUCGGCGCCGCCGCCGCGCCGGAGACCUGCUCCGCCCUCUUCCGCGCCCCGCCGCCGCGGAGGCUCGUCAAAUCGAUCGCCGAUUUCGGCGGGGUCGGCGACGGAGCCACCUCCAACACCGCCGCCUUCCGCCGCGCCGUCGAGUUUUUGGAGAAAUCCGGCGGCGGUGGGGGUGGGGCCCAGCUGAAUGUUCCUAGGGGGAGGUGGGUCACGGGAAGCUUCAACUUGACGAGCGAUUUCACGCUGUUUCUCGAAGAUGGAGCUGUCAUCUUGGGAUCUCAGGAUCCGGAGGAAUGGCCGAUCAUUGAGGCGUUGCCUUCAUACGGAAGAGGUAGGGAGAGAGAGGGAGGCAGACACAUUAGCCUCAUUCACGGAAAUUCCCUUACAAAUGUUGUCAUUACAGGCAACAAUGGUACGAUCGAUGGUCAAGGGAAGAUGUGGUGGGAUCUAUGGUGGAACAGGACAUUAAAGAACACAAGAGGCCAUCUUGUUGAACUUGUAAACUCACACAAUAUCCUGAUCUCGAACCUCACUUUCCGAAACUCUCCGUUUUGGACCAUUCAUCCUGUUUACUGCAGCAAUGUUGUUAUCAAAGACAUGACAAUAUUGGCACCUCUAAAUGCCCCAAAUACUGAUGGAAUUGAUCCAGAUUCAAGCACCAAUGUGUGCAUCGAAGAUUGCUAUAUCGAGAGUGGUGAUGAUCUAGUAGCAGUGAAGAGUGGUUGGGACCAGUACGGCAUAGCCACGGCCAAACCAAGUGUAAACAUUACUGUAAGAAGAGUAUCAGGAACUACUCCAACAUGUUCCGGUAUUGGGAUUGGCAGUGAGAUGUCUGGUGGCAUCAGCAACGUUCUAGUCGAGGAUUUGUACAUUAGGGACUCUGCAGCCGGAGUAAGGAUCAAAACCGACAAGGGUCGAGGUGGAUACAUCACCAACAUUACUAUACAAAAUGUUGUGAUGGAGAGAGUUAAGGUGCCGUUGAGGUUUAGCAGAGGCGCGGAUGACCAUCCAGAUGAGAAAUGGGACCCUAACGCGUUGCCUUUGGUGAGAGGGAUACGGAUAAGUAAUGUAGUGAGUAAGGAUUCGAGAAAACCCCCCUUGCUAGUAGGCAUUGAAGGGGCUCCAUUUCAGGAUAUAUGCAUGAGAAAUGUUAGCCUGCUCGGGAUAUCGCCAUCUCAGAGGUGGAGCUGCGAGUUUGUCUCUGGCUUCAGUGAUGGCGUGACUCCCAUGCCGUGCUUAGAGUUGCAGAGAAACGGCUCCUCGUCUUGGUGUUAGUGUUCAGGUUUUGAGUAGUGCCUCACUCCAUUCAUCCAUUAUUUAUAUAAUGUGACAUAGUAGUAUUCAUUCUUUUUUCCAUUUUUUAUACUACACAGUUGUUUAGGAAGUAGACAAAAUUCUUGUAAUUUUACUCAUUUGACAGCAUUUUGUAACCAACAAA